AUGCCGGGCCUCCUCUCCCGCGCCCUCGCCGAGCUGGGCCUCGCGACGCUCGCCUCGUGCGCCCCCGACAUCCGGCUCCUCAUGGCGCAGCGCUUCACGCGCCUCUUCGCCUACGGCGCCUCGACCCUCAUCCUCGUCAGCUACCUCGAGUCGCUGGGCCACGACCGCGCCCAGUCAGGCCUGUUCAUGACGCUCACCCUCGCCGGCGACAUGGUCAUCAGCUUCUUCCUCACCCUGGCCGCGGACAGCAUCGGCCGCAGGGCCACGCUCGCCGCGGGCGCCGCCCUCAUGGCCCUCAGCGGCGUUGCCUUUGCCCUCUUCCGCAACUACUGGGUGCUCCUGGCCGCCGCCGUGCUGGGCGUCAUCUCCCCCAGCGGCAACGAGAUUGGGCCCUUUCGCGCCGUCGAGGAGAGCAUCGUCGCGCACCUGACGGCCCGCGAGGAGCGCAGCGACGUCUACGCCUGGUACAGCCUGCUCGGGACCGCGGGCACCGCCUUUGGCAUCGUGUCCUGCGGCUGGGCGACACACGCGCUGGUCCGCGCCGGCUGGGACUCGGGAGAGGCCUAUAGGCUCGUCUUCUGGGGGUACGCGGGCCUGGGCGCCGUCAAACUGCUGCUGACGCUGGGCCUGUCACGGGCCGUCGAGGCCGAGGGCAAGACCGCGACGGAAGGGCGGCCCUCGGGGACGGGGACGGAGACGGAGCCGCUGCUCGCCGCGGCCGAGGAGGCGCCGCCGCAGAGGAGGUCGUGGAGGUCGCUGAUGCCGCACGUCACAGCCGAGAGCAGGGCCAUUGCCGCCACCCUGUGUCUGCUGUUUGGCCUGGAUGCGUUUGCCUCCGGCCUCGCGCCGCUGUCCUGGGUGACGUUUUACUUUCGCUCGCGGUUCGGCAUUGAAGAGGGCCGCCUGGGCUCCAUCUUCUUCGUCACGUCUCUCAUCUCGGCGGCUUCCGUCAUCGUGGCCUCGUCCAUUUCCAAACGCCUGGGAAACGUCAAGGUGAGCUCUGGAAACGCCAACACCGGGAGAGACGAAGCUGACAAAAAGACCACAGACCAUGGUGUUCACACACCUCCCCUCGUCCGUGUUCCUGGCCCUCCUCCCCCUCCCUUCAAACGUCUCCCUCUCCCUCACACUGCUGGCCCUCCGCGCGUGCACGCAAUCCAUGGACGUGGCUCCCCGCUCCGCCUUCCUGGCCGCCAUUCUCUUGCCCUCUGA